UUUAAAAAUAUCCUGAACCCGGUCUCAUCCUGCACCUACCCAACCUCCUACCUGGCACACAGGUGCUCAGUAAAUACUGGAUUGAUUGGAGGACAAAAGUGGCACACGGGCAGGGCCUGCUUCCUCCCAAGUUCUGCCACACCGCCACCACCACUGUCCGCACAGCUUGCAGAGGGCAGGGAGGCCCAGGUCUGGCCUGAACCCCCAUUUUCUUCCUUUUCAGAGCCCCAGGGCUGCUUCCUGCAGGCAAGGCUCCAGGCCUCCCUGAGCAAGGCCACCAGCCCGCAGCCACAGCAGCCGGGCUCCCUGGCCCUGCCCUGGGGGUGGGGGGGGGCGGCGGGACUGGCCCUACCCGCCGCCCCCAAGUCCCUCCCGCCGCCCCACGUCGCUUUAAGGCGGAGGCCCUGGAGGGGGCGGACCCGCCCGCCGACUCGGUGCGCUACAGACUUCGGCAUUUCCUCCCCGCUGGCUGGCGCGGCCUCGCCUCCCCUCGGAAGAGGAAGCUCCGGGCCCAAGUAACGGGAGCGGCCAGCGGGCGGACCUGGGGGCUGCGGCGCCAGGAGGGCCGCGCGGGGCGAGCGCGGAGCAGGGCGCGGCUGGAGCCGGAGCCGGAGCCGGAGCACGCAGGCAGGCGGCAGCGGGAAGGAGAACUUGAGCUGGGCGAGGAGGCCGAGCUGGAGGGCGGCUCCCCCCGCCCCUGCGAGCGGGGAGCCGCCGCGGAAAACAAGCAGACAGGGACCGCUGGGCCGCCGCGGCGCUGCGCGCAUGCUGGGCCGGGGCCGCCGCCGGGGCUGGCGCCCUCGGCUGCUCGGCCGCCGAUGCCCCGGGUGCCCGGCAUGUCGGUGCACUACACCCUCAACUUGCGCGUCUUCUGGCCGCUGGUGACCGGCCUGUGCACCGCCCUCGUGUGUCUCUAUCAUGUCCUGCGCGGAAGCAGGGACGCCCGGGCCGAGCCCCACGACGGUGCGGACGGUGGCUUCCCUCUGCUCAAGGUGGUCGUCCUGUUGGUCCUAGGCUACAUCCUCCUGCGCUGUCGCCACGCUGUCUGGCAACGCUUCCUGCCGGGGUCCCCGCGACUGGGUGGGCGCUCCGCCUUACCCCCUAGACACUUCCGAGAGCCGAGCCUGGACAUCCUGCUGGAGAGUUACUACGAGCACGACGUGCGCCUGUCGCCACACGUGCUGGGCCACAGCAAGGCGCACGUGAGCCGGAUCGUGGGCGAGCUGGUGAGGGCUGGCCGCGCCCGGGGGUCCCCUGGCCCCAUCCCCGGCGGGGCACUGGCCUUGGCUUUCCGCGGGGACUUCAUCCAGGUGGGCAGCGCCUACGAACAGCAUAAAAUCCGACGGCCCGACGGCUUCGACGUGCUGGUGCCUCUGCGCCUCCCGCCGCUGCUGGCGCUGGAGCCUCAGAGCCUGGGCGCGGAGCCCGGGCUGGCUCCCGCCUUCCACGGUUGCUUCGUGUGCGCUCUCAGGGCGCCGCCCGGGGCCUCCUCGGCCCUCUGGCCCCGGGACUGCAAACCCUUCGCCGAUGGCUUCUGCGUGGAUGUCCGCGGGCGCCGCCACCUCUCGGCCGCUCAGGUACUGCGCUGGUUCCAGUCGCACCUGCAGCGCUCCCUGGCCGCGGUGCGCUACAGCCUGGAGGGGCGCUGUCGGGUCAGCCUGACCCCCGGCUGCCCCGAGCAGCCCCCCACCCUCCAUAUCCUGCCCUGCCGCACCGACUACGGCUGUUGCCGCCUCUCCAUGGCAGUACGCCUUAUCCCCGCGGUGCAUCUGGGCGACGGCGUCUUUCUGGUGGCGCCCCCGCCGCCGCCAUCGCCGGUCGGGCCCCUAGCGGAGCUCCCGGGCGGCCUGCGCGCCGAUGCCCUUUGGGGAGUGAACACUGCACGCCAGGAGCAGAAGCUGCUGGGCUGGCUGCAGGAACGGGCCCCCGCGGGCGCCUGCUACCUCAAGUGCCUGCAGCUGCUGAAAGCCCUGCGCGACCUGGGCGCCCACGGACUGGACACGACGGCCGCCACCCAGUGGGGACGCAUCCUGUCUUCCUACGUGCUCAAAACAGCGCUGCUGGCGGUGCUGCUGCGCGAGGGCGGCCCUGGGGAAGGCUGGGACGAGGCGCACCUGGGCGAGCGCUUGUCCGAGUUAGUGCGCUUCCUCCGGGACUGCCUGCUGCGACGCCACACGCUCUUCCACUGCGUCCUGGGCCGCGGGGGAGCGGCCGCCGAGGUGGGGCCACUGCCCAAGGUUCUCCGCGAAGCCGCCCCGGUGGACCUCCUGGCUGCUUUCGACAGGCGCGCCCGGGAACUCGCGGCUGCGCGGCUGCUGUCCACGUGGCGAAGGCUGCCACAGCUCCUCCGUGCCUACGGGGGUCCCCGAUACCUGGCCAGGUGCCCCCUUCCCCGGGCUCAGCGCACACAGGGCUUCCCUGAAGAUGAACCAUAAACCCUGACAGCGCCCCCACCUGCCCAGCGCUCCUAAAAACCUCUCCUAGCGGGUGGGAGUGGCAGUGAGGCCAGUUCAAUGCCAGGGAGAUGAGCUGCAGAAGGUGUUGCUGGGAAAUUCAAAGGGUGGUGUCUGGUGGCUCCACUGUCCAGUAGUUAACAGCAUCUGCUUCAUGCCCAGCAGAACGUCCAGCUCAUUGAAUGGAAAGAUCACGAGGGGAGCAACUGAGAGUUUGGCUCCUUUGUGGGUUUGUGUGGAGUGGGUCUGGGGAACCACCCAGCUUUUAGGGCAGUCCAGGGGAGGAAGCAAGAACUAGGUGCAGGGACUCUGGGACAGCCAUAUCUUGGGCCUCUACAUUUAAAGAAGCUAGUUUUGUUUUUCCAUAGAACCGCUUGCUAGGUCCUGGGUUCCCCGUGGUCUUUAAAAACAAAAGUCUGAAGCCUUACCUACCACCAGAACUGAAGUUCCAUUGUGGCACCUAAUGUUCUGAGAGACAGCCAUUUUCCACCGUUCAAGUUCAGGUUCAUGUGCUUUUCUACUGGUGCAAUCACUGGUGAUUGACAGAACGGUGAAGAGUUAAGUCACACGUGUUGAGAGGCAAUAAAGAAUUGGGUAGAGAAGCUUCCAGCACAGAGAGCACUUUAUUUUGAUCAAAUCUUUCCUUCGGUGGUAGCUGCCAAUGCCUAGUGUUGCAGGGUGAAGGGCAGCAAUUCUGUUGAUGAUGGAGAGAAAUGGGCCCUCUUGGAAAGCAGGCUUACUAAGCACCCCUGUAGGUGCCUCCCAUGCAUCUCAAACUGACUGUAAGCCAGGGAGAGUGCAAGGUAGCCCCUAGAUGCAAGUUGAAGACAGCACUGAUAAGGGAGACAUGUUGGGGCUAGAGAAAGAUGGACUGAUAUUUCAGUUUGGGCCUCUCAAAGCUUCUCUCUAGGGCUUGCUGCUGGCCAGAGACAGAAACCUGUUUGUUUUUCUUUAAGGUUUCUUAGUAGACUCCUGUACCUGGAGAGAUCUUUCAGAGUUUAGAUGAUGGUGUGUGUCUGUGUGCUGCAGUGCCUAGCCUGUAGUUAAGUAUUUUCAUCCAGUGCUGAAUGAUUGUUAGUGGUUGGAAAGUUUUCUCCCAGUUCCCAAAGAAGUUUUUAAAUCAUCCUAAGAGGCCAGUUUAAAGUUUAGUAUUCUUGAUGACCACUUAGGCCCCAGACAGCCAACAGAGGAGAAAGUAUAGAGGGACAGGGCAAGGGAAAGCCCCCUUUCAGCAUCCUGCUCUUUUAUUAUUUAUUCUAUCCUUGGGCAUAAAUAUCACCAGACUGGGUGUAUUUUGUAGCCAGGAGGAGCCCAUUUGUUUUCUGGUCCCUGCAAAUUCACAACAGUUCUCAAUUGCAUCAGUCAACUUAAAGCUCAGUUUAUGUCUAGAAGCACCUCUCAUUCACUUAUUUAAUAGAAAAAUUACACUUUCUAUAAUUAUACUUUGAGGGUUUUUUUUUUUUAAAUAAAAGCUUUAACUUCUCUUCUUAAAGGUAAAUUCUGAAAGGCAGAAAUAGUUAGAUGAAUAGGACCAUUGUUUAAUUUCUGAGCUAGUUUGGGAGAACUCUUUAAGCCUGCUUUCUCUAGAGGACUUACUCGACCACCUUGAGAAAUCAUUGUGAAGAAAUGGUUUCUUCGAAGUCCGUCUCAGUAGACCUGAGUUAUAGAGGUUGUUUUUUUUUUUUUUUUUUUUUUUACACAGUGGUGAAGGAAACAGUUGUAAGUAGUGUGCUGUCUCUUUGAGACUGUGUGGGGACUGACCAGAAAUGUAUUUCCUGGUUUUUGAGGUCAGUCUUAAGGUACUGCACUUAGCAAAGAUCAUUCUAUCAACUCCCUGCAAAGACAUAAACUGCACAGUAUUUUUAUAAAAAUUACUUUUUAAAAUGAAUGCCAAGAGUAAAUAUAUGUGUGUGUGUGUGUGUGUAUAUAUAUAUAUAUAUAUAUAUAUAUAUAUAUAUAUAUAUAUAUAUAUAUUUUUGCAUACUCAGCCACAGUUUGCCCUAUUAUACUCAUUAGUGUGCAAGAGUGGGGGACAGUGAGGCUUUCAGAGGGAUUAUAAAGCUUUAAAGGCUUCUAGCUGAGUUGAUAGACUCCUUUUUUAUAUUUAAUGGUGGUUUUGUUUGUUUGUUUGUUUUUAAGUCUGGUAAUAGUCUGUUUUGUAGCUCUUCCCCCCCUCUGGGUUAUUUACCCAAAGCCUUAUCCAUCCUCAUGAUUUUUAAAUUUUAUUUUUGUAAUUAAUGGGGCAUUGUAUUUGUGAAUUUUUAAAAUGUCAGUGUUUUAUUUAAAUGCCAUGCUGAGCAGUCGUGCUCAGUCCAUGGUAACCAAAAUGUAGCGGUUUCGAUCAGUUUUGAUCAAUGUUUCCUAAUUUCAAAUAUGUACUAUGUACAACUGCAGUAAUAUGCCUUAUUAGCAGGUGUGAUGGUUGCCCGGGACACUUAAAUUCAGCUCAGAUCUGUAUUUUAUUAGGGCUCCAUCAUGUCCUUGAUUUGAAAUGGAUACAUUUUUUAGUGUAUACUUGGUACUGGAGAUUCAUAUAUACUGAUAUUCUUACACGAGGAGGCUCAAAAUUGUUCUUUUUUUUUUAGUGUUUUGGGGAUGAUGACUCAGUCAUUUUGUCAGGAGACACCCUUCUAUAACUUCCAUAGACCAAGUCUUGGGAGUCUUCCUGGAAUGUUUAUGGAAAUGAGAGAGAAGGAUAUAUAUAAAUUUUAAAAAAUAAAAUUGAAGCUGAAUGAAGGAGCAAUAUGUGGACCAGGAGAAAGUAGAAGAGGAGGGAGGACUUCAGAUAGGAGUGGAAGCAAGAGAUAGGGAAGGGGGCUCAUGGGAUGGAUAUCAUAGGGUAUGAGAGAGGCUUAGGUAAGGAAACCCGUUUUUAGGUAGGUGUACUUUUAAACCUGGGGUUGCAAAUACAGCAGCCCACAGAUGCCAGGUUGGGAGGGACAUAAGGGGAGGGGGGUGGGUGGGCUGUGGAAACUGCCCAUCUUAAGGGGAACAGUCAUUACUGGGAUUCAUGCAGGGAAAGGAAUGGGAAGGACUAAAAUUCACUUUUUUCGAAGAUGGAACUUUGUGAUUCUUAAUGUUUAAAAAUGUUCAAAACACCCUGUGGGCCAAAUGCAACAUUUGGUUGAGCCCGGGGGCCAUCAGUUUGCAAACCUAAACAUUUAACCUGCUCCCAGGUAUGUAUAAGUAUAAGGUUCUGUGUGUUGUUAAGAUAAGGACGUUCUUAUACAGAGUUGGGGUGUAAUGUUUCAAGUCGUCUUUACCUCUCUGAGUUAAACAUUAUUGUAGAAACCACCUCUCCAUCCCCCCACCUCACCCACCCCCCCAAGAAAACAAAACAAAACAAACAAACAAACAAACAAAAAAGCACUGCUACAGAUAACACAGCUCACAGUUCCCAGAAGAACCCUCUAUUCUGGAACCUCCUGUGAGAGUCAGAGUCUGCAUCAAACCUCUGGAGGCUAGUUCUUGGCAUUUCCUUCCUGGUGAGAUGGGGCUGAACUCCUUGGCUCUGUGGGAAGUUUGCCGAUGAGUAAUCAGGAAGGACUGCAGAAUAACUUGUCUCUUUUUAAAAAUCUGUGUUUUGUUCUUAUUUUGACAUUAUGAUUUCUGUUUGGUAGUGUCUUAGCCUGUUCCUUAGCAAUGAGGUCUGGUGAUGUGAAUGCCAGAAUAACCAUGCUUGGUCUUCACAGCCAAACUCCUUAGGCUCUUGACCAUUCCCACUGCCAAGAACUCUGCUCUCAGCAAAUGCUCCCACCUUUCUCUGAUACCAGGAGGUUCCCACCAAAAUUGACCCUGGGCAUUCAAUUCAGAAGGAGACAUUAAUACUUCCAGUGCAUCUCUUUUAAUCUCAUGGGUUAAGUCACUUCUACUGUAUAUUGUGGGUUUUGAUCUGGAUAAAGACUUAACUCACCCACAUGGAGUUCAUCAGCCCCCUCCCCAUGGUAGGGAAAUGAAAUCCAUCACCAUUUCCAGUCUUACAGGUUCAGUGUUAAUCAUUGUGGCUUUUGUUAUUAUUUUUUAAAAUCAUACAUCUCUUAUUUAGACACUACAGCUGAUUCUUUAUGUCAGAGAGGAUAAAGCAAGUAUAUGUUGGGAGAGGGUACCACCUGUGCUUUCAAGCAUUCAGAGAAUAGACUAAAAACAUGCAGCUCCAUGAUACGUAGUCAAGGUUUUGGAGUAUCAGCUAUUCAGGAAUAUUUUCGCACCUUUCCCUUUUAAAGAAAUAUGCCUUGAUUCAGUCUUUGAAACAUUGCUUUAAAACAUUCCUCUUGCUUCAUUGUGAUUUUCAGUGUGUACUCUGACCCCAAAAUGUGUGUUAACGUACGGUGCUGUCUGUUGUCAACAGCCAUCUGGUUUGUUCCAAUUACUAGAGACCAAAGAGUUAAUCAAAUGUGGUUCAGCUGCUACAAAUUUCCUUGGCCCAGAUAUUUGAGGCCGGCCAUUUGUUUGUGAUUUCAGGUUGGAGUCAAUUUGCACUUUUAAGCCUUUGGGUCAUUUGGGGCCCUUGUUCUUUUAUAUUUGCUUUAUUAAUAAAGGAAUUUGUAGAA